GGUGCGGGAUAAGUUGAAGAAGGGAAAAGAGGCGAUUAGAUUUGGAGAAACAGCAGAAAGUAAUAAUGUCGAUGGAGGUCACAGUUCUCCGUCCUCUCGUUAUAGCCGGCAAACCCACGCUUCCUCUUCCCCGACCGAAGAAUCUCCAUCUUCUUCGUCUCUCACUUCCGCUUCGUCUCCCCCAUCUAUCUUCGUCUUCCACCUCUCGUCUCACUUCUCCCAUAUUAUUCGCUACACAGGAGAGUAACCUGAGCGAAAGUGAUACGAGUGAGUGGGUGAUGCAAGAUUUUUAUACAUUGAGGAAGGAUGUAGAAAUAGCAUCAGCUCGCGUUGAAGAGAUUAGAGCUUCUGUUGGGUUGCAGCAAUUACAAGACGAAAUUGCACUUUUGGAGUCAAAAGCUACUGAUAACUCCUUCUGGGAUGAUCGUGCCAAAGCUCAAGAAACGCUUUCCGCCUUGAACGAUCUCAAAGACCGGUGGCGAUUGCUCUCUGAAUUCAAAUCUAUGGUUGAAGAUGCGGAUACGAUUGUUAAGCUAACAGAAGAGAUGGAUUCUACUGAUGUUAGCCUGCUUGAAGAGGCCAUGGGAAUCAUCAAAGAGUUGAACAAAUCCGUUGAUCGAUUUGAGCUAACACAGCUUCUAUCAGGACCUUAUGAUAAAGAAGGCGCUGUAGUCACCAUUACUGCUGGAGCUGGAGGAACAGAUGCUCAGGAUUGGGCCGACAUGCUGCUUAGGAUGUAUAUGAGAUGGGGGGAAAAGCAGCGGUACAAGACUAAAAUUGUUGAAAUGUCGGCUGGAGAGGAAGCAGGGAUUAAGUCAGCCACGCUUGAGAUCCAAGGGCGUUAUGCCUAUGGUUACCUUUCAGGGGAGAAAGGAACUCAUAGGAUUGUACGACAGUCACCAUUCAAUUCAAAAGGCCUUCGCCAGACAAGCUUUUCUGGUGUGGAGGUGAUGCCGCUUCUGCCUGAUGAAGCAGUAGGAGUUGAAAUACCAGAGGAGGACCUUGAGAUUACUUUUACGAGGGCAGGUGGAAAAGGAGGACAGAAUGUCAACAAGGUUGAAACUGCUGUUCGCAUUACUCACAUCCCUACUGGUGUUGCGGUUCGUUGCUCAGAGGAGAGAAGUCAAUCGGCAAACAAGACGAGAGGUCUGGCCCGACUAAAGGCCAAACUGUUGGUGAUUGCGGAGGAGCAGCGUGCAACUGAAAUCAAGGAAAUAAGAGGAGAUGUAGUGAAAGCCGAGUGGGGACAGCAGAUCAGGAACUACGUGUUUCAUCCGUACAAACUGGUUAAGGAUGUCCGAACAAGUCAUGAGACUUCAGAUAUCACAUCUGUAAUGGAUGGUGACUUGGACCCUUUCAUCAAAGCUUACCUUAAGCAUAAGUACACCUUAGCCAUGGCUUCUGUUGUCGCCAAUUAGAACAUACUGAUAGGUUUCUUGUCUUUUAUUUCUCUCAUUCGAUAGAAUCGAAUCAUCUCCUACACUGGUCAGUUUACUAUAAAAUCUUGAAAUUUCAAACAGAAGCUUAAGCAAGAUCCUAAUGAAACUAAAUUAUGUUUGUAACUGCUA